GCGAUCUUUUCGCACACCGGCCAUUUUGACUGCAAUGCGUGUGUAAUUUCUGGUCAAAUUUGUUUCGUUUAAAAUUGAUUUUCUAGAGCUGCAUGCAAAGACUGGGAGAUAAAUUUCAACGUACAACGCCCACAAGAGUGGUUUCGUCCAUUAUAUUUAGGAACCAUGAGUGACAUAGAUCCUAAGAAGCUGAAGGUUGUCGAGCUCCGCGCUGAACUACAACAGCGUGGCCUCGAAGCAAAAGGAAACAAAGCAGUCCUGAUUCAACGAUUGACCGAAGCAUUGGAGGAAGAAAAUGCCGAAGAGAGCGAAGGCGAGCAAGUACCCCCGGUAGAUAGUGCUGAUUUGGAUACAUCACAUGAUGAUGAUGAUAUUACUCCUAGCGUAGAACCGGAAAAAACCGACGCGUUACCGAGUCAAUCUGCGCAACCUCAAAUCGAGGCUACAGAUGAACAGACAGAAUCUGAUCCCACGCCUGCGAUUGAAAUGGAGGUGGCACAGCCAGAACCAACCGUCCCGGAAAUACAGCCAGAACCAGUUAAAGAAAUAGAACCCGAACCAGAGAUAGCAGCAGAACCAGUUAUUGAACCCACUCCGGAAUUACAAGUGACACAAGAACCUGAAUCUGUAGUUGAAGCAGAAGAGCCAUCGAAAACGACUGAUGCCGAAGUGCCGACUGCCGAUGUGGCAGAACCCGAAGAAUCCAAACCGGCAGAUAAAGAACAGCCUGUGGAAGAACAACCUAUGGAAGAACAGCCAACUGAACAGACGCCCCAGGAACAUGUGGAGCAGCCAAAAGAACAAGAACAGACAGGACAAGAAGAAAAAAGUACCGACGAAGUUGAAAAAAAAGAUGAACCUAUGGAAGGUCAAGAAGAACAGAAAGUCCCAAGUAGCGUUGGGGAUGGAGAAGAAGCCAAUGAACGAAAAGCAGACUUCACAGAAGACCGUGGCAGAGAGACAGAAAGGAGAGUCCAGCGAUAUGAUCGAGGAGACCGCGAUGGCUACAGAGAUUAUCGUGACAGGGGAGACAGAGGCUAUCAUAGAGACCAUGACAGAGAUUAUGGUAGAGAUAAUUAUCGUCAUGAUAGAUACGAUCAUUACUAUGAAAGAGACAACAGAGACCGUUCUCCAAGAUACAGAUCUAGGUCGAGGUCCCCACCGCCAGAAGAGGAAGAUGACAUCGAUGAGACAAUGGUUGUCCUUGACAAAUUCAACUCAGAUCUUCAUUUAAAGAUAAACAAAGAUGGCUACAUUGCUAAUCCACUUUGCAUGGAAGGUUUUGCCUAUCUGUGGGCAGGUGCCAGAGCUACAUACGGUAUGAACAAAGGAAAAAUAUGCUUUGAGGUUAAGCUUGUUGAAAACUUAAAGGUACAACAUUUGCCAGAGGAAGAGACUCACAGGAACGUUGUGAGGGUUGGUUAUUCAACAGAUGUAUGCUCAUUUCAGCUUGGAGAAGAACCACUUUCCUUUGGGUAUGGUAGCAAUCAGAAAAAAUGUACAAAUAAUACUUUUGAAGAUUUUGGUGAAGAGUAUGGUGAAGGAGACGUCAUCACUGCAUACGUGGAUUUUGAAGGAGAGAAACCUGUAAUCUCUUAUGCCAAAAAUGGUGAAGACAUAGGAGAAGCUUUCAAAAUUGAGGAAGACCUGGCAGAACAAGCUUUAUUUCCUCAUAUACUAACCAAAAACUUCAACAUAGAAGUUAACUUUGGCCAGAAGGAUGAGCCAUUCUUUGCAAUCAAGGAAGGUUUCACCCUAAUUGGAAGCCUACCAGUAGAAGAAAGAAUAAGAGGAAGUACUAAACCUGCUUCAAAGAAAGAAUGUGAAAUUUUGAUGAUGAUCGGCCUUCCAGGAAGUGGCAAGACAACAUGGGCUGAAAAGUAUGCAAAAGAGAAUUCAGACAAGCGUUACUGCAUCAUUGGUCUCAAAAGUCUUGUUGAUAAGAUGAAGAUUCUUGGGGAGAGCCGCAAGAGACCUAUUCAGACGAUGGGAGAUAUUGAUGGACAAAUAUUCUGGGGAGAGCCGCAAGAAGACCUAUUCAGACGAUGGGAGAUACUGAUGGACAAAAUUAACAAAUGUCUCAACAAGCUGUACGAUAUUGCUGCCAGGAAAAGACGCAACUACAUCCUUGAUCAGACCAAUGUGUAUGCCUCAAUGCAGAGACGAAAAAUGCGCCCUUUUGAAGGGUUUCAGCGUAAAGCAAUCAUUGUAGUUCCGUCAGAUGAGGAUUACAAAACCCGAUGUAAAGAGGAAGAAAACCGAGAUGAUGUCCCCCCAGAGCAUGCCGUUUUGGAUAUGAAAGCCAACUUCUCAAUUCCUCUUGCUGGCAAUUACUUUGACUCAGUUGAGUACGUAGAGCUGGAAGAGGAAGAAGCUGGAAAGGUGAUAGAAGAAUAUCGCAAAGAAGGCAGAGCUGCCGCACCACCACCUAAAAGAUUCCGAGAUGAUAGACAGGGCUAUGGUCGAGAGUAUGGCCGUGGUCGCGGAGGUGGUGGCGGCGGUUAUAACCGUUACGAUGACCGUCGUGGCGGUCGUGGUUAUAACCGUGGGUAUGGUGGAUAUGGAGGUGGUGGUGGAUACAACAGAGGUUAUAACCGUGGAGGCGGCGGCGGCGGUGGCGGUGGUGGAUACCGAGAUAGAAAUCAAGAUUACAGAGGUGGAUAUCGUGGAGGUGGUGGAUAUGGAGGCGGACGUGGCAGCUGGAGCCGUGGAGGCAGCAGUGGUGGAGGCAGUAGUGGUGGUGGAGGUGGUUAUAUGGGUUAUGGUAAAAAAGAACACAACCAAUAUCAACAAUAUAGGCAAAACCAGGGAGGUGGAUAUAACAGUGGUAGUUACGGCAAUCAAAGCAGUAGCAACUACAACCAGGGAAACUACAACCAAGGAUACAAUCAAGGAUACAGCAGCAGUGGUAGUCAAAGCUACAAUACCCCACAUCAAAGCAGCAGCAGCAGCAGUGGUUAUGGAAACCAGAGUUACAGCAACUACGGAAGUGGCAACCAACAGCAGCCACAAACACAGCAACAACAGACUUACGCCCAACAAUACCAGCAAUAUGCUCAACAGUACCAACAGUAUCAACAAUACUAUCAGCAAAAUCCACAGUAUGCCCAGCAGUAUGCUCAGUAUUACAGUAACUAUAACCAAAACCAAGGAAACUACAAUCAAAGUGGAGGUUAUCAGUCGGGCAAUCAGAGUUAUGGUCAACAGGGCCAAUCCAAUACCAAUGUUGCCAGCGGUUCAACUGGUUCAACUUGAAGAAGAAGAAGAAAACUGUUUCCAGAUGAAUUAUAAAUUUCUGUCCAUUCCCCGGCACAGUGAAACAAAAUCAUGUAGUCGUUCAAUGAAAUGAAAAUGUAUAAUUCCUUGUCAUCCAUUCUUGAUAUUUUAAUGUAGACUUUAUAAGUGGGUAGUUUUCUGUCUUGUAUAUUGAAAAUUGCUCUCAGAGGUGUUGUAUAUACACCCCACAACACUAAGUUGUUGAUUAUUGCUGAACCCUGGUAAAGAUAUUAAUUAAAUACCGAUAUAUGUAAACAGUUUGUAAAACAUUUCAGAGGAAAAAUAGCCAUUACUCUUUCCCUUGCCCCUUGAAGUUUCAAUUUGUAUGUGCCAGUACACAUUUUUAAGAAUUUUAAGUCCGUUGAAGAGAUCUGUUGUCAGUAUUGUACUUGUUUUGACACUUAAUGGAUAGGGGACAAUAUAUCUACUUCGUGAAUUUUAUUUUCUUCAACUGCCUGUACCUUUUUUUUUGAUUAGGAUUUAAUAAUAAAUUUGUUGUAUCUAUAGUAAA